UAAAGACAUAGACUGAUUUUUCACUGCUUAAGCGUUAUGACAAAUAAAUUCUAAUCACAUUAACGAUUUCUGUUCUACAUAUUGGACAAAGCAUAUUAUUUAAAGAUAGUGCACAUUUUGCACAUGUUAUAGCGUGACCGCAAGGUCUAUAGCAGACCGUCACUUCAUUGUCAAAACAAAUUUUGCAGAAAAGUCUGGAUUUUUUCACAUAUUCGACAGACUCAUUGACAUCAGCUUUUAAACAUAUUUUAUUAUUGUGUGCACACCUUUCAUGGUUUUCAGUUAUUUCACAUGACUCGUUGAUAACUCUUUGAACAUAUUCUUUACCCUUCAUGAGUAAAACAUAGGGACAGAACUGAAACCAUCGAGCGUGUUCAGACCACGGCAGAUCCUCACGACUCCAGUCCUUGAGCUUGCCUCCACAAAAAUAACAAAUUACUCCAUCGUUUAUACCUGUAUAAAAAAAACCGGCACUCGCCAUUUCUUCAGGGCUCUGAAUUAAAUCUUGGGGCCAAGUUUUAAAACUAUUUAAGCGUGCACUUUGUGUAGCAUAACUAUGGUAUUCAGGAUGAAACGACAUCUCUGUACAAAUAUACUCGUAGUAAGUAGCUUAAUGUUACAGUUGGAAAUGCUUGCAAAUUUGCGUUGGUUAAGAUGAAUGUCUAGCGUGCUAAUAGUUAUUUUUCUUUCUUAUUACAUGUUAUAUAUAAAUAUCCUACAGUAGGUACUUUAUAAAAUAUCAGCUACAUACUUUUUUAAAAAAUAUAUUAUAAGUGAAAGAGUUCAGAUGUUUUCAGUUUCAUGCUGCAAACAGAGAAAACCAAUAUACGAAUAUUUAGAACCAUAUUAUGCCUAAUGAUUUUUUAAAUUUAAAAUUAUUAAUGGAUGUAAUUUGUAAUGCAAUAAAUAAACUUCACUUCAAAAUGGGAAUAUUUAAUAAAUAAAUGAAAGAAAUCAUGAAAAAAAUUGAAAGUUCUAAGAUUUUCGGUUUCUAUACUAUAAACACUGAAAACCAUUAUAAUAAGAACCGCGACACCUAUGGUUAAAUAAUGCUACUGCCAAAGAUUUUAUAAUAGAGACAUGUCACUAGCGCGUGAAAACUGAGCUGACCAAAAACGUAUUGACCGCAUUCCAUUGAGUCGCAUAGUACAUACAACGAAAGUUACUUAAAUAAAUAAUGUAGCCAUUAUUUAUUUAAGUAACUUUAUACAUAUACAAUGUCGAGUUGUUUGUUUAGUAAUUUUAAAACUGUGUAUACACAAAUAUUUAUAAAGGAAUACACAAAAUAAUUCAUGCGUGCGCUCAGUGGAGUGGUUAAAUUCAGCCUACUUUUGCGAUGAUUUUGUAGGCACGUAACAUGUCUAUAAUUUAUAAUGUCGCUGGCAACUGCCAUAUAAAAAUUUCGUCUCAGAUAUCCGCGACGGAUUGACGCCAGACCACAUUAGGAAAGUUAAAGGUGUGAACAUCAUUGUCAAGCUUCACUUAUUACAUUUUAGUCUUUAUCUAGAGCAUUCAUAAGAACGAUAAUUAAAUAUGAGUUCAAGAAAAUAAUACUCGAUUUUUACUAAAGUGCUACUGUGAAUGUGGGCUUAUGAUUGCAUUGUAUAAAAAGAGAUGCGGGAGCGACAUCAACCAUUUCUGUUAUUUUCAACUGAAGUGUCAAGAGCACCAAAAACCUGUAAGUAUGUCGACUGUAAGCGGAAACCCUUUCGACUCGGAUAACGAGAGUGGGUCAGUUAAGAAAAGUAAAGUUAAAAAAACAACUAAGAAGCCUCCUCGAGCCGAAAAGCCCGCUCAAAAGCAGAAGAAGGCUUUACAAUCGGAUUCGGACUCCGAACCUGAGCAAUCGAAAAUAAUUAAGAAAAGAAGACAAAUUUUAGAUUCAGAGGAAGAAAACGAGCCCAUUAGAGCAUCGGCUUUACGAAGUUAUUUCUCUCGCCGCGUGGGCACGGGCUACACGUUGCAGAGGGCGGACCCUACGAAGACUGGAGAAUAUUAUAUUGAACUACGGGUAUACAACGCACGCGAAGCUGAGACCCAGGGCGCUGAUAGAUGGAAGCGCGCGCUCAUCACAUGCAAGUCAGCUGUGGAAGGCGAUAGUGCGACGUGGCGUGCUGUAACAAAGCUGGUCACAGCGGUGAAAGAAGAAUAUUCAUCUGUUCAACCUAUUUUGUACCCGUAUAAUGUCUUUUGA